AAAUACAUAUAUGGCUUGCUGUUUGAUCGAUCUUGUUAUUCCACACAAAACCUGGAAAACUGAUAACGAAAUAUAUCAGAAAUAAGCUAAAUCUAAUUGCAGACAUGGAAUACAUCCUUCGAUUAUUUAAUAUUCGUAUGAUCAAUUGCAGUUGGUUAUUAACUUAUGUAACGCAGUAUAAAAGAAAGUAAGGUAUAAUAAAAUCGAGACAAGAUUUCAGCAAAUCCCAGCGGAGUCAAUGAAUCUAUCAGGGAAGAGAGUGAAGAACAGUGGAAUAGAAGAAACAAAGGGAUAGGGUAAGAGAAAGGAAGAACGCAUGGGGGCGGUUACAAAAAUGUUCUUUGUUCAUUAGGUAUGGAAGAGCGUGGAUCUCAAUAGAAAUUGAGACGAAUCGCUUCUUCGUGAGCCGUCGCGAAUCCCUCGCUCCCGGGGGUGGAUGUUUGCGCUGCGAACGUUCAUUUCGAAAGGAAUCGACGAGAGGAAAUCGACAACGGAGCAAGAUAAAUAACGUUUUCUCCAUUGAGAUCCGCAGGAAUAAAAGAGGAAACGAAGAGGAGGAAAAGUAAGGUAAGGGGAGGCUUGCACCCUAUAAAAUCUGGGCUCGGUGAAGGUGUCGACAUCACUCGCUAUCACCUCGGUCCCGCGAUAACAUCCACUUGAAACAAGCGAUGAUCGGUUCCACCGCGUUUCCGGCAUUCAAUCGGCCCGCAACCCCAAUCUGCCUGCUGCUAAUCUGUCUGGCCUUUGUGCUCUCGUCCGCUUCCGGAGAGUACGAGGGUAGAGAGUCAGGGAGCAGCGUGAGCAACGACAGGCCGCCAAACAAUGAGUUCGGCUCGUGUACGGACGGCAAGUGCAUCAAACGAACUUCACAAAGCAUCACCAGCGGUAUGUGGUUCGGCCCGCGGUUGGGUAGACGCCGAAGAUCGGACCGGAAGACAGAGCUAGAGCUCGACUUCGAGGCGCUUGCCAACGCAUUAGACGGAUCUCACUGGGCCAUUGUCACGAUUCCAGGAACGGAGAAGCGGCAGCCAACACAAUUCACACCCCGACUAGGCAGAGAGUCAGGUGAGGAAUUAUUCUCAUACGGAUUCCCGAAGGAGCAAGAGGAGUUUUAUGUCGAGGAACAGACGUUUCCACCUUUGUUCGCGCCGCGUCUAGGGCGACGACUUGCCUGGACACCGUCUCCGCGACUCGGGCGUCAGUUACACAGUAUCAUCCUCGACAAACCUAGACAGAACCUCGACGAUUCGCACUACUGACAAUGAGACUGAGACUCGACAUGUUUGAACGGACACUGGAUAGCCAACGACACUAGUGUAAUUAAGAUCGUAUCGAGAAAAUAAACGACUUGUAUUUAUUUGUAUUAUAA